UUCAUGUGAUUUUUAAGUCUUUCACUAAUUUAGGGUAUAGUCAACCUUUUAAUUUUCAUGUCUUUCUCUCUUGUUCUUCUUACAAUGAGAUUUCUCAAUUUUAUGUUUUGAGUUCUAAGUGUUUGUUAAAUUCAUCUUUGUCUUCAACAACAUCUUGAGCGAUCGACCUGAAAAUGGAUUCUAGAUCAAAUGCUGAAACCGAAGAAAACACAAAAGCAGAGGUUUCUGAAUCAUCAAAUUUGAAAGGCAUGGAAAGUGUUGGAGAGAACAACAUGUUGAGAGAAUGCAAGUCUUUGAGCACAAAAGACAUGUUUAGGGCUGAUCAAAUUGAUCUGAAAAGCUUGGAUGUGCACCUAGAGAAGCACUUGAGCCGAGCUUGGUCAAGGAACGUAGAAGACGCUAACAGGUCUAAGGAACCAUGGGAAAUUGAUUUAGCCAAACUAGAAAUAAAGAAUCUUAUUGCUCGAGGAACAUAUGGUACUGUUUAUCGUGGCACUUAUGAUGACCAAGAUGCCGCAGUGAAACUGUUGGAUUGGGGCGAGGAUGACAUGGCCACAACUACAGAACUGGCUUCUUUACGAGCAUCAUUCAAACAAGAAGUCGCUGUUUGGCACAAGUUAGACCAUCCAAAUGUUACUAGAUUUGUUGGUGCUUCAAUGGGGACUUCAAAUCUCAAGAUUCCAGCAAAAACAUCAAGUGAUGGUCCGACUGAUCAACUUCCAUCAAAAGCGUGCUGUGUGGUUGUAGAAUUUCAAACAGGCGGAACAUUAAAAGGGUUAUUAUACAAGAAUAGGAGGAAGAAACUUCCCUAUAAAGUUGUGAUUCAACUUGCUUUAGAUCUAGCUAGAGGAUUGAGUUAUCUUCAUUCGAAGAAGAUCGUUCAUCGUGAUGUUAAAGCCGAAAAUAUGUUGCUAGAUGCUAACAGAAACCUUAAAAUUGCCGAUUUUGGUGUUGCUCGUGUUGAAGCACAAAAUCCAAAAGAUAUGACUGGAGAAACAGGAACCCUGGGUUACAUGGCUCCAGAGGUUCUUCAAGGAAAGCCUUAUAACAGAAAAUGUGAUGUAUACAGCUUUGGUGUAUGCUUAUGGGAAACAUAUUGUUGUGAUUUGCCAUACCCUUUUCUCAGUUUUGCCGAAGUCUCAUCAGCAGUUGUUAGACACAAUCUAAGGCCAGAAAUACCAAGAUGUUGCCCUAAUUCAUUAGCAAAUAUAAUGAGGAAAUGUUGGGAUGCAAAUCCAGAAAAGCGGCCGGAGAUGGAUGAAGUUGUGAAGCUACUUGAGGCCGUGGAUACCAGCAAGGGUGGAGGUAUGAUUCCCGAUGACCAAGCUAGUGGAUGUUUCUGCUUUGGCCCAGUUCGGGGUCCAUAAAUUAGGUUGAAUCUUUCGGUCUCUUUAGCAUAAUUUGUAUAUGGAAAUCAUUGCAUCUGUGUUUUAAUGAAUGUAUCCAGUGCAAUAGCCUAAACAAAUAACCCAUCUGAUUCUAUAUACAUCAAGUUACCAUAAGUAUGUCUAAUUCAUUCGUAGGUGAUCUGAGGAUCGAUCUUCUUCUAA